CUACCAUCAUGUAAAAUAGGAUAAAAACACAACUUUCUUAAAUCUUAACCAUCAAAAUUAGGACAAAAUUACCUUUAAUCAAGAUCCAAAUACACCCUUCAUAUAUAUAAUGAUGACCAUGUGGUUUUGUACAUUUUGAGAUAUUCAAUCCCUUAAGCCAUGGGAGACACUACUGAAAAGUCUAAUGGAGAAUUUCAAGAAAAAAUUGAUGAUGGUGAAACUAUAGAUUCAACAAAUUUCAAGAAACCAUCAAAAGGGAUGAAUCAAGAAGAAGAAGAAGAAGAAGGGUUUACUCUUGUUGAUAUUUUCAAUCGUUUUGUGUCAGCAAUUUUUUCUUCUGAUAAUAAUAAUAAUGGUCAAAUUAUUCAGAGGAUAAAAGGGUUUGUUUCUGAAAAUGUUCCUUUGCUUCAUCAAGCUUCAAAGAAUACUGCUCAUAAUGUUUACAAUUGGACUCGUAAAGGAAGCCCUCUACGUGCCCUUCUUGUUGUUUCUGUGGGGACAAUUGCUCUUCUUGCUUUGACAGGAUUGCUAGUCUUUAUGGUUUUCUUUGUCGCGGCAACUGUCAACGCCAUUGUGAUCUCACUUCUCAUGUCGUUAGCGGCCGCAGGAGGAUUCUUGGCUCUUUUCUUUGGCUGCUUAACUGCAAUUUAUAUUGGGGCUCUAUCAGUUGCUGUAUUUGUCAUUUCCACUACGACAAUUAUAGCAAUUUUCGCUGUGAUUGUGGCUACAGGUUGGAUUGGAUUCUUCUGGACUAUAUGGCUAGCAACAAAGAAAAGUGCAAGUCUUGCCAAACGCUCAUUGAACGCGACAGGAUCAGCACUAUCCGCUUACUCUUCCACCAGACAUGUGCGACACAAUCAUGACGCGUGAUGAAUCAUGCUUACAAUCAAGAAAAGGAGAAGGCCACUUCUAUGAAUAAGUCUUGAAUGAUGAAUACUACCAACUACCAAUAUGUAUUUUGGCUUUAGUGCUUUUAACGCCUUUCGUGAUGAUAUAUAAGUAUAUCGUUGGUCUUUAAGCUUGUCGUGCAUCUUCCAUAUGCGCGGAGACUAGUGAGCUUGGUUCCAUGGGGCUUUUUGUUAUGGUUGGAAACUGGCAUGUAAAUUGUUCUUGAGAAAUAGAUGUUAUUGCCAGUUAGCAAGUAUUAGUAUAUGUUUUUGAAAUCUUGAAUAUGUUGAAUGAGAAUGUAAUUUUCUGUUUGUUAAAUUUGUGUAAUGAUAGUUGAGAUUAUCUUUCUUUCCAAUAUAGAA